ACCGCACGCCGGAAGAGAAAAACACCGGCAUGCCGACGAUGCGACGAAGAACCAAUCGGUUCAUCAGGCUCAGUAAUCUGAUGGUUUUGGAGCCCAACCGUACUACACGGCACUAGUCACCACGGUCCACGGCAUGUGCCGCCCUCUGCUCCCAUAUAAACCCCAACCUGCAGUAGCCGACCACCAUCACCACCGUGGUUCAGAAGCGGCAAUCCAUUUCCUCUGACGUUUUCCUCAAACAACCGAUGAGCCUGAGGCACGCGAGCAGGGUGCUGCUGAGGGCGGCGCAGGCCGUCGUGAGGGCGAGGCUGCAGCCGCCGGCGGCGGCCAAGCCGGCUGCUGCUGGCGCUCUGAAGCCGCCGGUGUCGGGAGCCGCUCACCCGCCGCAGCAGCAGGCCAGGCGGCUCUCCGGCGGCCUGGCCGACGCGUCGACGCAGAGGGCCAAGACGAUCAGGAGGAGGGCCGAGAAGUCCGAGAACGUGAUGCACCUCGUGUGCUGGGGACCCAGCUAGCCCCUGCUGGCUGUUCGUUCGUUCUCGAGUAUCCAAGGCACGGUGAUCGGAGCAUACGAGUGGGUGGCUGGAUGUGCUCUCCGUCUCCCCGUGUAUGCAUGUAAAACGUAGAGGAGAUGUAAAAUUAGGACGGUAAUGCAUCACUGAUGCACACUUGUUCUCUUUCCCUUUCGGUAAAUUAAUCUUGCCCGUGAUUCGCUUAUGGUCAAACAUGCUAAUUGUAAUGGUUGACUGUUCGGGUGAAGGAGAAGAAACAGAGGAUUCUGAAUACUUUGUGUCAGUGAAACGAGCCAAACUGAAA